UAAACACCUGGAGAUCAGUUUCGUGCUGCAGGAGGGUGAAAUAAGGACUGGACCAGGCUGGGACACGGACAAAGAAAGGGAAGAGCCUGACUCAGGAUGGGUGUGGCUAGAGCCCAGUGGUGAGGUGAGAAGUACAGUACAAAACUUAGUUUGUGUCUUUUGUCCAUUCAGGCAGAAGAGAAGCUGUGGUCCCAGUGGAGGGGCAGCUAAUCUCCUGGUCAGUGCAGGAGAGGAUAUUAGCUCAUCUAAUAGUUCAGAUUUAGCUCAGGGAGCUUUAGGAGCAAACAACCUGCUUUUCAUUGUGUGAUCAGGACGACUGAAGACCACCAGCGCCAUGAGAGCUGUCCACUACUGUCCGCUGCUCCUGGUUUCUCUCGUCUUGCUAGCAACUAACAGUGAAGCUCUACGAUGUUAUACCUGCAUGGGCUCCAAUAACGAAGACUGCAACCGGCAAGGCUCCAAAUCUUGUCCCAGCUACUCAGAUGCUUGCGCUGCAGUGGUGGGCCAUGACAGCGGGGUGAUGAAGUCGUGCUCCUACAAGUCAUUCUGUAGUCAGGCCAACAGCCAGGGCUACAGAGCACCAGGUGUCAGAGUUCACUGCUGCUACAGUGAUAACUGCAAUGUGACGAGCCUCGCCUCCCGGCUGCCAGGACUCAGCUACCUGCUGCUGUUUCUGCCUCUGCUGUUCCACUGCUUCUUCAAGUAGACAUACUGCUCAACAAUCUGCAACACAAAUGCCAACUUCUGCUGUUCUCAUAUGCUCCAGAAAUGCCAAAUAACCCUAGCAUAAUCCUCCAUUUCAUGCUGUUCUACCAUUCCACUGUGUUUAGAUUCACCAAUACUUUACAUCAAGGAGUUACUGUACAUAGAAGAGCUUGAGGUGCCAGGUGUGACUGGAUUAUACACACCAUGAUGGACUGAAUCCAUUAAGCUGUACUCAAGUAGAUGCGUUUUUCAAUGGAUUUCACUAAGCCAAUAACUAGAGGAUCCUAAGGGAAGUGCUGGAAUAACAGGCAGUGAUAAUUUCUUAUUUGCUUCCUAAAUUAAAGAGGAGAGGAUGCUGUUCAUCAGUUUCUCCACUCUUGCUUAGUUCUGAGCACACAGUGUGUGAAACUACAGGAUAAUAAGCACUUUGACUUCUUACUAAUCACAUUUAUAAGUAACGUUUUACUGCAUCUGGCUUGUUUUUUACCUGCAUACCUAUACGCACAAGUAUCUGGCUCGUGUUGCAGCAGAUGUUCCUGUGGCUAAAUAUGGCACUAAGAGUUCAAUCAGCAGGCGUGCUGUUACAUCAUUAGCCCUCUACCUGUCAAUCACACAUCUGACGAGCCGUGAGAGAUAUUUUGGAAGUCGGAAAGAAAACACUUCUCACACACUACAAAUCCACAUAAGCCUUUUAUAUGCCCGAGGACAGCUGUGUUACACCGAUGAGUUUAAUCCACUGCGUUUGAAGUCACUUAAAGAGUUUAAAAACAGAACCUGAGCACGCCUCGCUUGAGGAUUGCCUAUAAUUAGAGGCGACUGUAUAUAUUGUAUAGAAAAUUAAAUAAAUUAAUACAUUUUUGCUGCCAUUUUUUCUUGUUAGGAAAUUUUGCAAUUUCAAAGACCAUGUUUGUGACCAUGAUAACCUGCUGCUGCUGGUGUCUUUAUAUAUUUUUUAGCCUGCUAUCCUUAAAAUAACCUCUUCAUGCAACAAAAUUGCAUUUUGUCAAGGGAAAUGUAUUUUCUCCUGGAUUAAAUUUGUUUUUGAGAUAUCAUGAAUGCAUUUCUAAUCAAAGUCCGUAUAACGCUGCAUAGAAAGGAUAUCAGGGUGGUGGAAACAAACAAAUGGGACUUUCACCCUGUGGGACAGCUGUUUGUGUCCUGCGUGAACCUUAAACUCAACUCUGCCUUAUAUCAACUUAUGACUGUAAAUUAACUAAAAUAACAAUAAUAAUAAUAAUGUACUUUUUUUUUUUUUAAACCCAAAUCAUGUUUUACUAACCAAGAAGUUUUAUUUCAAUUUAAAACAUUAACCACAUGCUUAAGAUGCCACUGCAAACUGUGAGAAAGUAUAUUUCCCUCCAAACAUAGUUGAGAAUGCCAUUUGUUGUGUUGGAACAUAAUUUGUGAGGAGACAGGGUUGACGUUUUUAGUCCUAAAAUGUAUUUAAAUAAUGCAAAAGUUUGGAGUUUCAGUACAGUGUAUUUUAUUAUGUCCUAGCAACCUGCAUACUCAAAUCUUUUGAAGAUUAUUUUAACCUAUUUUCUAUUCGAUUGUCAUUAUAUAUGCAAAUCUAUUCUAGAAUGAAUCUAAAGAAAUAAGGAUGACCACCCUUUCUCCACUGUAAGGAAAUGCUAUACCACUGAAUGGCACAAAGAGCUAAUACAGGAUGUACAGACCAUGAUAAAUGUGUUGAUAUUCAUAAUUCAGUGUAAAUAAAACCAAUGUAAAAGUC